AUGUCGGAAGCAGCUUACCAGCCCUACGCCAUCAUCUUCGUCACUGAACCAGUCCUGCAGCAGGGCCCCAAUGAGAAAGUCCCGCCCUACGUCACCUACCAAGUCUCGGGACAAGACCCCCACGGACAGUUCAACAUCCGCAGGAGGUUCAGAGAGUUUCUCCUCCUCAGGAACAAACUGGUCGAAAGAUUCACCGGCAUGUACAUCCCGCCCAUCCCUUCCAAACGCACAGCAGCAAUCACCUACGACAUCAGAGAGGCGAGGGCCCUGCUGGAAGCCAUCGAGUCUCGGAGGGCCUUCGAGAGCAAGAAGAGCAACUUCGAGGCGGUCAGGAGGGAGAGCAAGGAGGAACUGGAACGACUAAAGAGCGGCAGGCUCAGCAUAAAGUCCUUCUUCACCUCAGGCACCAAGGAACUGCAGAUCAAGGAACUGGAAAACUACAUCCCUCACCAUCCACCAGGACAUCCAAGGUUCAAGAAAUCUCGCUCCAUCGACUACCUGGCGACGGUCCAGAUGAUCGCGCAGAAGGAGAUGCGGGUGCUGCAGCUGUACGGGGAAAGCUUGCUGACUGCGCAGGUGAAACGCCCAGCCAAGUCUGUGCUCGUAUCGCACCAGCAAGCUGUAGAAGUAGAGAAGCAGCCGAGCAAAGAGGAAAAGGAGGAGUAG